UUGAAGGACAGCGACGGUGGGAAGAGAGCAGCGAAGCCUCGGCCCAGCCCGGUGGACUAUUGGUGCCCCUCACCGCCAUAAUUUUCCUGAUGUCCAGAGACCAGAAGUCCGCCUCGCUACUCAUCUUCCCAUGCUCCAAGCUCCGGAAGACGUCAAAAAGUGCUCCGCUGAGCAGUCUCCAGGCAGUUGAAGAUCAGCUAAAGAUAUGUGGCCACAAGAGGGAUGCUGAUGUCUUUGAGCUGUUCCUCUCUAGAAAGGACCUGACUGAGGUUAUUGAUCUUUCUAGAUUUAAAAAUUUAAAAUAUUUAUGGCUCCAUCAUAAUAAGCUGCAGGGGAUAGCAUUUUUAACUAGAAACUAUUGCCUGACAGAACUGUAUCUAAACAACAAUGCAAUAUUUGAGAUAGAAGGCCUGCAUAAUCUGCCCUCAUUGCAUAUUCUUAUGUUGCACCACAACGAGCUCACCAGCAUUGACGCUACGGUGAAGGAGCUGAAGGGGAUGCAGGACCUGAAGACCCUAAGUCUGUACCAAAACCCUUUAUCACAAUACAACUUAUACCGCUUGUAUAUAAUCUACCACCUUCCAGGAGUGGAGCUACUUGACCGGAAGCAAGUUACAGAGAAAGAGAGGAGAUCCAUGAUUACCAUUUUUGACCAUAAAAAAACUCAUAUCAUUCAAUCAAUAGCAUUUGGAGGAAGAGUGGAUGCCUCUUGGAACCCCAAGUUACCAAUAAGGCAAAAACGAGUUCAAAGACUUCCCUCAGAUUUCGAAUUUGGGGAUAAUGUUGACAAGACAGUGUUUGAUGACCCUGAAGAUGCUGUGUUUGCAAGAUCCAUGAAGAGGUCACUGAUGGCCAUUACCUCUAUGAACUGGGACACCGUUCCAACACGAAAGGAAAAGUAUGAAGAGGAGAAGAUGGCGAAGUUUCCCCAAAUGGUCAUGAUAUCCCUGAGAUAACAGUACUUCCAAACAUCCUAGGGCUGUUCAGUUGUAUGUUAAAAUGUCCCCAUGACUUAGCACAUUACACAUUUACUGCAACCUGGAGUUUAUAAAUAGGACAAUCAGUGAUGGGAAAAUGA